AUGGGGUGUUUAGCAGGCUUAAGAAAGGAUCGUCAAUCCACGGCUUCUUCAAGUACACGUCUGAAAGAGUUUGGACCUUGGACUGAGCAAUAUAGCUCAUCCGGACGGCGAUAUUUCUAUAAUCGUGAAACAGAAGUAUCACAGUGGGAGAAACCACCUGAAUGGCGAGAAUAUGAGAAAAAUAUUACUGAAAAUCGUCCAAGUCAUAGUCCGAUAUCGUCUUUAUCUGGAGUUCGAGGUGGUCCUUGUACAGUCUCACAAAAUAUUCCGCAACGUGUUACAACCGGUCACAAUCCGAUUGCUGAUGAUGAAUCAUUAAAGCGAUCAAAGGCCCAAAUACGAGAACCGCCACAAACUACGCUAGCACUUCCAAUCAAACGUGCAAAAACUGAAAUCAAAGAAGAGGAUAUCAUUCCACCAACAGUUUUUAGCGACGAACAGCAUCGCAGAUUCUUUAGGCAUGAUUUAGUAAAUCAAAUUGGACAGUGGCCUGCCGACGAUUUAGAACAAGUGGCGUGGAAAGCGGAUGCUGCAGCACAUAACCUUUCAUUACAAAUUAUCUAUGUGUCUUGUGAUCUUAAAAGUGCAAGUUCAUUAGUGAAAACCGCUCAGAUGCGAUCCUCUUUACUGGCACGAAAACUUCUUUUCAUUUCGGAGCACCAACGCCAACUUGAGGCCAGUUUCGCUCUACCUUCGAUGCCUUCAGCUUCUUUCUAG